AUGGCCGGUCAAUUGCGCGUAGCUGUCAUCGGCUCUCAGACGUGCCAUCCGGACACGCCGCGAGCUUACACUGUCUAUAGAACAUCCGUUAACUAUAAGGGUCGGUGCUACCACCGACUUAUUCGUUACCGUCGAUUCUCGCACUUUGACAAGUUUCUUAAGCUAGCACCUGAUGCUUCACGUCUUUCAGUGAAAAUGCCACCGAAGAUUUGGUGGAGUCGUAAAGCUUCAUUGCGACAAGAAACAGUUGAAGCUCGUCAAGUGCUGCUUAAUGAAUAUAUGCAGCAGGUGUGCACUCGUCCUUUGACGUCCCACAGUAAGGAACGGCUGAUGAAGUUGUUGCAGGUGGGUGAUUACGCUCCAAAUGAGGAGAAAGAUCGAAUUGUCGAUAGCAGAAUUAGCUUUAGACAACGUAGCACAUCUCACACAGAACCCACGUCGGAAUUGGUAGGCGAGAUCUCCAACUUGACUGCGGGAGCGGAAGAGGAGGAAAACCAGUUGAUCAUUUCGCAUCCGUCAGACAAGAUAAAACGGUCGCAGGGUUCACUUACGGAUGAGGAAGAGCCAGCUGCAGAGGAGCAUAUUGGACUGGAUGUAUCUGCCCAUCGUCCGGAUCCUCAGUCUUUCAUCAAUCCCGCGGCGGAAGAUGCUGAACAACGAGAUUAUGCGCUAUCGGCCCCGUCGUCGCCUUUGAAACAAAUGAAGGCGCGGUCACUCAGCAAGUCAUUGAACUCUCAAAAUUUAAAGCGUGUAAUGUUCAAGUCUGUCGCAGACCUUGAUCUAUUGGCUCUUAAAGAAGGAGAAAGGAACUCGACCUUUAGUGCGUCAGACUCAUCAACACCUGAAAGUCGUUAUUUAGAAUCCAUCAAGAAGUGCAUUGCUGGUAUCGAGGACAUGAUAAGCAGCAGCCGUCAGCUCGAAAAUAAUAUUCGCGAGAAACAAACAGCCAACCGGCCAGUGGAAGCCGGAGCAAAGCAGCAUUAG